AUGGUUACACCCUCCUCCCUCCUCCUCCUCGCGCUGGGCUGGCUCCACAAUGGUUCAAGCAGCAGCAUCCUGCAGCAGCACAAUGGUUGUAAGGACUGUCACAGGACUGGGCUCGUCAUCAGCUGGCACGGAAUGGUCUUUAUGAGCAGGCAUUUCUUAUACAACUGCAGUCAACCGAUCCUGGAUGUGAAGAUAGCCUUUUGUCAGGGUUUUGGAAAACAAGUGGAUGUGUCAUAUAUCGCAAAACAUUACAACAUGAGCAAAAGCAAAGUGGACAACCAGUUCUACAGCGUGGAAGUGGGAGACUCCACCUUCACCGUCCUAAAGCGGUACCAGAAUCUGAAGCCCAUCGGCUCCGGAGCUCAGGGAAUAGUUUGCGCCGGAUAUGACGCUGUUUUGGACCGAAAUGUGGCCAUCAAGAAGCUGAGCCGGCCCUUCCAGAACCAGACCCAUGCCAAGAGAGCCUACAGGGAGCUGGUGCUGAUGAAGUGUGUCAAUCAUAAAAAUAUUAUUAGUUUAUUAAAUGUCUUCACACCACAGAAAUCUUUAGAGGAAUUCCAAGACGUAUACCUAGUGAUGGAGUUGAUGGAUGCCAACUUGUGCCAGGUGAUCCAGAUGGAACUGGAUCAUGAACGAAUGUCCUACCUGCUUUACCAGAUGCUGUGUGGAAUCAAACACCUGCACUCCGCCGGCAUCAUCCACAGGGAUCUAAAACCAAGCAAUAUCGUAGUGAAGUCGGACUGCACUCUGAAGAUCCUGGACUUCGGUCUGGCCAGGACCGCGGGCACCAGCUUCAUGAUGACGCCCUACGUGGUGACCCGGUACUACAGAGCCCCGGAGGUCAUCCUGGGAAUGGGGUACAAAGACAACGUGGAUAUUUGGUCGGUGGGAUGCAUCAUGGGAGAGAUGGUGCGCCAUAAAAUUCUCUUCCCGGGGAGAGACUACAUAGACCAGUGGAACAAGGUGAUAGAGCAGCUGGGAACGCCGUCUGCCGAGUUCAUGAAGAAGCUGCAGCCCACGGUCCGGAACUAUGUGGAGAACAGACCUAAGUACGCCGGGCUCACCUUCCCCAAACUGUUCCCAGACUGUCUGUUCCCCGCUGACUCCGAGCACAACAAACUCAAAGCGAGCCAGGCUAGAGACCUGCUGUCUAAAAUGCUGAUAAUAGACCCGGCUAAGCGGAUAUCAGUGGACGAGGCCUUACAGCACCCCUACAUUAACGUUUGGUACGAUCCUGCCGAGGUGGAGGCGGUGAGUUCGCCUUAUCAACGGACCAUUGAUCCACUUCUUUCUGUCUUUGAUUGGCCUCCUCCUCAGAUUUAUGAUAAACAACUGGAUGAGAGAGAACACUCCAUCGAUGAGUGGAAACAGUUAAUUUACAAAGAGGUGAUGAACUUUGAGGAGAGAACAAAGAAUGGCGUAGUGAAGGGACAGCCUUCACCUUCAGGUGCAGCCGUGAACAGCAGCGACAGCCCCCCUCCGUCCUCCUCCAUCAACGACAUUUCCUCCAUGUCCACCGACCAGACCCUGGCCUCAGACACUGACAGCAGCCUGGAGACCUCCGCCGGACCCCUGGGAUGCUGCAGGUGA